GAUGACACGAGCCUGGCAGGUCAUUCUAUUAAAUGCGAUCGAAGGAGGGUUCUCAGCUAUCGCAUACGUUGGCGCACAAUUCAUCCUAGCGUCGUGGUACAAAAAGUCGGAGCUCGGAAUGCGGGCAGCGGUAUUCUGCGUGUUCGGCCAAUUGGGGACACUGUCCGGUGGCUGGAUUCAAGCCGGUCUGUUAGAGACGCUCGCUGGUAAAGGUGGCCUACCCGCAUGGAAGUGGAUAUUCAUCAUCGUCUCAGUGAUGACUCUUCCGGUGGCACUCUUCGGCUGGGUCUUCAUUCCGGACCUUCCAUCACACCGUGCAGCCUGGUAUCUUACCGAUGAACAGAAGGAACAUGCGGCAACUCGACUGGGUACCCUGUCCAAGAAGUCCUGGGACAUCACAGUCUUCAAGCGCGUCUUGCUGAGCUGGCAAUUCUGGCUCCUACCGUUUGUUUUCAUGUUGUAUUCAGUUUGUGUGCAAAUGCUAGGGAACAACGUCAUGGCCUACUGGCUAGCCUCACGGGGGUACACGGUGGUCCAGCAAAACACCUAUCCUACCGUCAUCCAUGCGACUGCCGUUGUGGGUAUAGUUGUGUAUGCCGCGAUUUCAGACAAGCUACAAUCGCGAUGGGAGGUCUCUAUCGCCAUUGGUCUAACUUUUGUCAUCGGCUCAGCUAUCCUUGUAUCGACCCCUUCCACGGACGCUGGCUACUUUGUUGCCUUCUACUUGCUCGGAACGACAUACGCGCCUCAGGCUGUCUGGUAUUCCUGGAUGGCCGACGUUACAGGCCAUGACCUCCAGCUGCGUGCCAUCACAACUGGAUUCAUGAACUCCUUUGACUUUGCUUUUGUGACCUGGUGGCCGUUGGUCUUCUAUCCAGUAACCGAUUCGCCCAACUUCAGAAAAGGGUAUAUUGCGAGCUUAGUGACGGGGAUGUUAACUCUCCCAGUUAUCGGUCUUAUCGCUUACCUCGAAAAAAGGGACACCGCCAGAGGAAUCAUUGGAAGAACUCGUACUGAUAGUUUGCUCGAAGAAGAGCCGGUUCUUUCCCCAGAUGAUGAAACGGGAAAGCCUGGAAGCCCUCCGAUAACCGUGCGCGCCACUGAGGACGGUGUGUAGCCUUUCGGCAUCUAUCAGACACACGGCUUAGUCUCUAAUGCUGUACUUUGAGAGAUAAACAAAAUUUGCCUGUUUUCUUUAGUUGGCCGAUAACAUAUUGAAGAUGUUUUAGAAGGCUUUGUCAAUCCUCUGCUGUGCUAUCCGUCCGUUAUGUCGAAUAAACAAUGCCAGUCCUAUGGGCGCGGGGUUGACUCUGAAUUCGACGGCGUUCAAGGCCAUAUUUUUGCUUCGAACGGUGAAUCACCUGCAUAGAUAGCAUCUGCAUAGCGGGCUCGAUCAGGUAUAAGAAUAUGAAUUAAAUUAGUUUGGAUCGCUCGGGUUUCCUCAUUCGGUAGUGUACCACGUCCCUGGCUACUUCAACCCAUCCUUGAGUAACCUGGUAUUGAUGCUGGUAUCCCAUGAAUUUUCAUGUGAUACCUAUGACUCCGUAUACUUCCACGCCUCGGACAGUACACCCGCUCAGCCCCCAUAUUAGUAGCCCCAAACAAGUCGUCUUCUAAUAAACCUCACAUGAAUUUAUUAGUACAAAG